CUUGCUAUCUCGUGAAAUUCUGUCUGUGGAUGCAUAGCUCUUGCUUGCUCAGAGACAGAUAAACCUUUGAAAUCGUAUGGUUUUUUCCAUCAUCGUGUUUAGCAGGUCUGGAAACUCUUGAGUUGCUGUACAUAUUCCAGUCAUCAUCAUCAGACUCCCUGUAUGUCUUCUUCAUUGCAUUUCUCUGACAUUCGAUUUUCAUUUGUCAUAACUCAUAGGCUCCAAAGAAGGACAAAGCCACGCCUCACUCGUUUAAGCCUGUGAAGUCUUGUGGUAGAAAGCAGAAGAAGAAGGUUACAUGAUUCCGUCCUAUGUGGGGAAUUCUUAAUUGGAUGUACCUAAUGCUUUGCAAUUCAGGAAGUGAGAUUCCUUCAGCCCCCCAGAAUCACAAUGGUUCUAAGAAAUGGAGCAAAGGAAAACAGAAGGAGAAGGUGAACAACAUGGUGCUGUUUGACCAGGCAACUUAUGACAAGCUUCUGUCCAAGGCACCCAUGUAUGAGCUCAUCACCACGUCCAUCCUCUCCGAUCGCCUAAGGGUUAAUGGAUCACUUACUCGGAAGGCAAUAAGAGAACUCAUGGCUGGAGGUUUGAUCAGGAUGGUCUCUGCUCGUGCAAGCCAGCAGAUCUACAUCGGGGUGACAAAUAACUAAUAUUUGGUGUUCGUCCAAUUCUUUUGCCUGCUGGUAUUACUCUUUCGGGAGUGCUUACCAGCGACUAU